GCUCCAAUUGGAAGUGAUCUACAAAGACCAUUAAGUCCAACUGUUUGGUCUAUACCCUUUCUUUAAGUUAGUGAAUACUGAAGAAACUUCCAACUGUUUAAUAUGCAAGACAGCAAGCUGCAAGUGAUGGUGGCUGCUUAAUGGCCUUUAGCCCUAUGUAUUGCUCUCACUUUGACCUAAUGGUUCCUAGAGUGCAUCAAACCUGAGAGGGUGCCAAUUGAACACCCAUGUUAGAGCUGGGGUCUUCACAGAAUUAACCUUUUAUCCUUAGAUCUCAAUACUGAUGAGUAAUAGCUCAGAAGCCAUUCAGUCACUGAAUAGCCAGAACUAUCACUGUCAUUUUUUUUUCUCACAGGAUCAGAAAGCUGAACUAGAAAAACAGCCAAAGGCUGAUGCAAGGGGAAGAUUUGUAGAGUUUCUUUUGAGUACCUUCCCAAAGCAAAUCAUAGUUUAUUCCUUCUCACACAAGUUUCUUGUAGUUUGUUCUGUGGCAUGUUCCUCAGGAAGAAAAAAAGUACCUCUUUGAUUUGAUACAACUUCCCCACCUAUGAAUAAUAUAUAAGCAAAAUUGUAUUUUCUCCUUUAGAAGAAUCUCCUGCUAAUGAAAAAGUCAGUUUUCAUCCGUAAAAUUAAAUACUUCCAAUAUAAGAAUGGGUUACAUGAGAAUUAAGGGAGCACAUAAGGCAUGUGUCUUCUCUUCAUCUCCCAGAAAUGCUAAUUAAAGAUCAAUUCACCAUGAAAUACUCAUGCCUGGAUUGUCAAUGCAAAAGAAGAGAUCUCUCUGCUGAUCCCCGUUUCUGCUUUGCAAAGAAAAAGGCUGUAUCCUUGCUAAAAGAAACUUCCCAGCUUCUUUCAGACCUUGGAUGGAGCAGACCAGAACAAGCAUGGAUUUGAAAAUUUGCUGGUUAACGUGGUUAGGUUAAGGAUGAGAGAACAGUCAAGUUCUCUCUAACAAGGGGACAGUGUCUAGUUUUUUAAUGCUGUGAACCUACAGCCAUGGGAAUUCAUGAUGAAGAUCAUUGCUCAUUCAGAGAGCUGCAUGGCCAGAAGAGGAUUUGCAAUGAGAUCUGCCACAGGCCUGAACACGUAUGCAAGGAUGGAAGCUAUCUGUGGCUGCCACAUUUAAAUAGCUACCUUCUGAAGACUGCUGAAUUGGUGACUGGCCUAUUACAUAGGGAGCAGGUGACUCCCUAUUAUAGAAUCCUUUCUAAAAACAGAGGGUCUUCUUCCACUGCAAGUGGUCUGUCUGUGUUACCUGGGCAUUUACAAACUGUCUGACAUUCAAAAAAAUCCAAGAGUCGUAAAUGCCUAGUAAGAAAGCUUACAAUUUUAAGGUUUUGUGCUUCAUUAUGGGGGUUUGGACUGUUUUUUAUUCUGUGUUUAAACAAGGCCUCAUGCAAGAGUCUUCAUGCUUUCUAUGGCCCACCAAGUGCUGUAAUGCAUUAUUGAUGUUCUGAAACUUAAACAAUCACUCUGUCAUUUGAAGUUUAUUUUUAAAACAUGGAUGAAGGAGAAAAUCUUGAUGCUGUGGUUUCUAACUGGUUUUCAAAUUUUGCUGUCAAUUGUAUGAGACCACAUUUCGAUAGCAAGUUCUCUUUUUUAGGCUUUUAUCUGGAAUCUGUCUUCCAAUCCAGUGCAAAAAUCAAACAGGCUUUCUUCUGUGACAGCAUUUCUUGGUAGAGGCCAACACAUUGCCUAUCAUGACUAUACAGAAGGGGUUUGAUUUACCCUAUGAUACAAUGAUUGCUCAUGUUUACAUGUGAUAUGCUUGCUCUAUGAUUGGCACUUUCCCAUUUCUUCUGAAAAGAAACCUUUUUAUGACCUUCCGUACACUGUAGCCUCUUACUUAAAUGAAACACUGUGAUUGAGCAAUAUAAUGGCUUUAAUUCCUCAACUUUGAUCAUAGUUGCUUUGGCCCCAGCUAGUAACCGGGUAGCCAGAAUGAGUGUGAAUUGCCCAGCUUCAGAUAGAGAUGUAGGGGUAGGUAGGUCAGACUGCCUAUUAAUACCUUAAUUAUCAGGAUGAUACCCACAAGAGAUCUUGAAGCUCAUUCAUAAUUUUAAAUCUGACACACAGUUAUACUGCAGAAAAGAACCAAACCAAGACACUGAUGUUUCUCCACAUAACAGAAUAAGCCCGUGUCAUAGCAGAAAGGUGCUAUGAAUUGGAACUUGUAUUUCAAAAAAACACAUACAUGUGUCAAUAUACUCCAUUAAAAAUACAUUUUUAAAGUUUGUGGUGUAGAUUUUGAAAAGGCAACUUGCAUCUGAAACAAGCAAAUGAUGGUUGAUACUAACAUUGGCUUCAACUUACUUCCACUCAGCAUUCAUAGACAAGUGCAGGCUAUGACUGUCAAGACAAUUCUAGAGUGAGGGAAUAUAGAUAAAUAUUGUAAGAGGUAAUUACUAUUUUGUAGAAAUGUCGUGGUAUAUGUUAACAAAGUUUUGUGAAAUAUGCCUCUGAAAGACUUGGUUACACAGAGCUGUGGCACAGGAUUAUGACAGUGGUAAGAAGUUUUGUACUGAAAAAAAUUAAGAGUCCUCAUCUCAGAGGACACAGUAUUGUGAGUUGAGCUGCUCAGGAAGGGUGCAUUAAAUCAGCAACAACAGCUUGAUGGGAUCUUUACUAAAUGCCUUAGAGCUGGGUCUGGACAAUAAACCUGGGAUGUGAAGCAGACUUCUUAUAAUCCCCAAAACUUGUAUUUUGGGGUCUGGUUUCAUCUUCUUACACUGAAGUAAACAGGAGGUUCAUCUAAAGCCAGAAGAUCCACAGCAGUCUGUUUGGGAUAGGUUAGGGAUGUAGGAUUUUGCCCUAGAUGUAACAUACCAAUGGCAGACCCGUUAGGAUGUCUCACAGCCAGAAGGAAACUCUUCCACUGCCUAGAAUCUUCCUGUUUUUGUUAAGUAGUUAUAAUGUUUAGUUUUAUUUUGUUUGCUUUAAUCACUCUUCUUUUCUGAUUAAUGAAGGCCAUACUAGUACUGUACUACACCUUUACUCUUAGAAAAAUUCCCUUCCCAAAACACUUCCCCAAAAACAGCUAUUUAAUGCAGCCCUUUUGCCAGCCCAUUGCUAUGGGAACUCAGUCUUUCAUUUAUGUAUGAAAACAGAGAUUCCUGUGUUGUGUGUGGAGCUGAAAUUCUAGUGUUUGAGCUUUGAUAUCUAAAUAAUGAAAUAUGUUCUUGCAGAAUUUUCCUGAUCAAGACAUACUGGGUCAGGCUUUUGAAGAUGCACUAGAAGUACUGCAGCAGCACUCCGACAGAGAAAUGCAGUACUCACAAGGUUAUAAAAAUUGCUUGACUGUGAUCAACCAUCAUCCCCACCUUCGAGCAAGUCCCAGCUACUCCUCAGUACCCUCUACAGAGGAACCAGGAUACAGCUGGAGAACUGUGAUAAACAGUGCAGCAGAUUUUUACGCAGAUGAUUCUGUCUACCAUACGCUGCAGAAUACUCCAGAAAGCCAAGUGAUGCAUGCUGCUGCUGUCCAGCCAAAAGCAGGGAAAGGUAGAAAAAAGCUUCGUCUUUUUGAGUACCUCCACGAGUCUCUGUAUGAUCCAGCCAUGGCAAACUGCAUCCAGUGGGUGGAUAAGCCCAAUGGUGUCUUCCAGUUUGUCUCCAAAAACAAGGAGAAACUUGCAGAGCUGUGGGGAGAAAGAAAGGGAAACCGCAAGAUCAUGACGUAUCAGAAAAUGGCCAGAGCACUGAGGAAUUAUGGAAGAACAGGUGAAAUUAUUAAAAUUCGAAGGAAGCUGACAUACCAGUUCAGCGCUGUUGUUUUACAAAGACUUGCUCCAUCCUAUUUCUUGGGAAAAGAAACUGUUUAUCAUCCAUACAUUCAGCCUAACCAAGAAUAUCAGUGUGCAGAUGACUGGACCAACUACAACAGUUACAUGUUUAACAAUGGUUAUGCAUUACAGCAUGCUAACAGCUAGACAUCACAUGAACAGCCUGUAAUACUUUCCAGCACAGGAACUCUUCUCUAUACAUAGCUUUUCCUAUAUCAUAUCAUUCAAACACAUGAAGAGAGCUUAAAAAAUGAUCUCAACUUACUUUGUUCCUUUUGAAGUUGUCAAUAGUCAUUGAAUAUUGAAGAAAAACAGCAGCUGUAGGGCAGGUUCUGUUCUCUGUGGCAUUAAUCAAAGGAAGUACAACAAAUUCAAGCUAGUAUAUCCAAGGUAGGGAUCAAGACUUUUGUCUGCAGUAUGGAUCAAAGAUCCCAUCCUGAUAAUGCUCAUUCACUUUGUCAGUUCUGUGCAUAUCCCCAACUUUCCAAUCAGAAUGCAGAUACUGUUGUACUAUAGCUCACAAUUGGAUACAUGAGAAUUAGGAAGGGAAGAGAUUUGCCAUCUGUGCUAAGCUACUGUCUGCUUUUUCAUCAACACUCUUUAUUAAGAGAUGAUUUCUGAGUGAAUCCCUGGCUGAACUAUAGAGUCCACAUGAAGGCGCACCUGUUGGCCAGGUUGUUAAUCCUUAAUCACUUAUAUUAACAUAUUUUAGAACAGAUCCUGACACACAGCAUUAGGAUCACCAGGUGUGCAUUUCGCUGUUGGCAGGGAAUUCUUUGAGAAAGAGACCAUACCAUGGCAGAGUUAGCAAAGGAUUAUGCUUUUCAUUAAGCUAUUUACAGUUCUCCACCACUAAUAUGAGAUGUCACACUUUUAUCCAUCAGUUCUAUACUCAGCUGACAAACCAGCUUUGUUACAUACAACCACCUGUGGAGUUAUAGCUUUAUAUAUAAAAAUAUGGUAUUGCUUCUCCAGCUUUUUUUUUUUUUUUUUUUUAAUUCAUGGUGCUCUUGCUGAGAGACUCAGUUACACUCUUUCUGAUAUAUCUGUUCCUUUGUGAGCUUGUAUCAUCAUACAGUUUGGUUGUUGUGCUGAAAUACUUCCAUUUGACUGCGUUCAACUUUGUAUUCUGCAUUUUGCUUCAAGUGACUGCUGGUUCAGGUAGAAAGAAAAAGAAAAUAGAUAUUUGUGAAGAGGUAUACACAGUGGCUUGAUAUGUUUCAUGAAAUUCACUGACAUUAAUAGUUAACCACUUGCUCUAAAUCCUGCCUACAUCUGCAGGGAAAUCAUUUUACAUAAUAGACAUAAUGCAACAUUCUCCACUCUGGCAAAAUUCAAGCUUUUGUGUUAUUACUUUGGUUAAGAUGAAGUAUGUGUACCCUUAGAAAUAAGAGGUAUAUUAAACAACACUAUGACCCAGGUUUUUUGUCAUCAAACAUCCCACAAGAUAAGCAGGUCAUAACUGUGUUGUUCAUAUUUUGGAUGUAGUUUUCCAUAUGUUAACUUUUUACACAAAAUAGACACAAGUUGCCUCUAGUUGUAUGUCACUGAGUCUGGAUUCUGCUGUAGCACUGAAUGUAGUGGGACUUUUACGAAGGACUUAGAUCUUUAAGUCAGGAUGCCCUCAUUGUGUGAGCACUUAACUAAAUACAACAUUUUGAAUAUCAUAAUGUACAUAAAUUUGAUGAGAAACUGCAUGUUAAACACCUGUCACCAACUGUACUCUGACUUUGUGUUAUUUACCAGGCUGGUAACAUACACUGCAAUAAGAAUCUACCUUGUUGAAAAUGCUUACUUUGUCAGCGUGUUUAGAUUCACUUUUCUCAGCCUCAUCUGCUUGUUAAGUAGAUAAAUCAAAAAGUAGAAUAAAAUACUUUUUAAGUUCCA